AAUUGAGGUAAAAACCACCCAGCAAGAUGAUGGGAAUAUCUUCUCUUGUUACUGGGAUUUUGUUUAUUCUGUGCAUGUUGUCAAGAGAAUCAAUCUGUAUUAAUGUUGAUGGCAUCCCUUAUUGCUUGGAAUCCGAUUGGAAAGCACUUGUCGAUUUCAAAAAAGCACUCAUAGAUCCUGAGAAUCGGCUUUCAUCGUGGGAAGGAAGCAAUUGUUGUCAAUGGAGGGGGGUGAGCUGCAACAACCAUACUGGAGCCGUAAUUGGAAUCGACCUCCACAAUCCAUAUCCAUAUGACCCUUAUUUUGAUGAUGACGAACCUUCUUCCAACAGCAGGUAUGGGUUCUGGAACUUAAGUGGGCAGAUUGAUCCUGCUUUGUUAAGGCUUAAGUCCUUAAAACAUUUAGACUUGAGUGGCAACACAUUUCAAGGCAUCCCAAUUCCUGAAUUCUUGGGUUCUUUGAAGGGAUUGCGAUAUCUAAACUUGUCCACAGCAGGUUUUAGAGGUGUAAUUCCUGCUAACUUGGGCAAUCUAUCAAGUUUGAGGUAUCUUGAUAUCUCUUCUGAGUUCCAUCCAUAUCUGCUAUUCCUACCAACAGUUAAUUUUACGCAAAGGCUAGCUGAUAUUGAAUGGAUAAGUGGUCUUCGUUUCUUGAGACACUUGGGGUUGAAUGGAGUGGACCUUUCACUGGUAGGAUCGAAAUGGAUCCAAGUGCCAAAUAUGCUAUCAUCAUUGACUGAAUUGCAUUUAUCUGAUUGUGGUCUCUCCGGUGUCAUUCCAUCUCUUCGUCCUCAAUCUGUAAUUAAUUUUACAUCACUUGCAGUUAUUGAUCUCAGUUUUAAUAACUUUAACUCAGAGAUUCCCAAUUGGAUCUUGAAUGUGAGCAGCCUUGUCCAUGUGGAUUUGAGAGGCAACAGAUUGCAUGGAAGGAUUCCCCUUGGUAUCUCGGAGCUUCCCAAAUUGAAAUACUUGGAUCUUUCUUGGAACCAAAAUCUUUCUGCGAGCUGUUCACAACUAUUCAGGGGAAGCUGGAGAAAAAUUGAAUCUCUAGAAUUGAGUAACAAUAGAAUACAUGGGAAACUUCCUGCCUCCAUUGGAAAUAUGACAUGUUUGGUGCAUCUCGAAUUGUAUCGUAAUAACAUCAGUGGAAGAAUCCCAAGGUCCAUUGCAAACCUUUGCAAGUUGAGCUCCUUAGAUUUGGGUCGGAAUAAAUUAGUUGGUACCUUACCUGAUUGGUCGGUUCAACUGAAGAAUUUACAGGUGCUUUAUUUGGACGGUAACUUAUUCAAAGGCCCCAUUCUUGCCGCUCUAGAGAGAUUGCCGCCACAACUAACAUCAUUGUUUCUUGCUGGGAAUGAAUUUAAUGGAAGUCUCCCUGACACUUUAGUAGGUCGCCUUUCUGAAUUGGUUUCUUUAGAUGUGUCUUCCAACCAUUUGACAGGCACCGUGUCUGAAGCUCAUUUCUCCAACCUUACUAAGCUAAAGUAUUUAGACAUGUCUUCCAAUUCCUUAACUUUGAAUGUUAGCUCCAAGUGGGUCCCUCCAUUUAAGCUCCACUCUCUUGAGAUGGGAUCUUGCAUGUUGGGUCCUUCUUUUCCUGCUUGGCUUCAAACCCAAACUGAACUCACAUAUUUGGACAUCUCCAAUGCCAGCAUUUCAGGCUCAAUACCCCACUGGUUCUGGAACCUUUCAUCAAAUAUAAGAUCUCUAAAUGUUUCCUUAAAUAAAUUACAAGGUGAACUGCCAACCCGAUUUAAGGUCGCUUCAUCAUGGGCCGAUGUUGAUUUCAGCUCCAAUCUCUUGGAAGGGCCCAUACCUCUUCCUACACCUGGCGUUUUCACAUUUGAUCUCUCUAAUAACCAAUUUUCUGGCCCUAUCCCAUCCAACAUUGGCGAUGUGCUACCUAAUUUAUACUCCCUCUUUCUUUCUAAUAACCAUAUAAUUGGACAAAUCCCGACCUCCAUUGGAAAGAUACCGUAUCUAGGAGUAGUUGCCCUUUCUAGGAAUAACUUGACAGGCACAAUCCCAUCAAGCCUAGCAAAUUGUUCUGAUUUAAUGGUCCUAGAUCUUAAACAAAACCAUUUAUCUGGUUUGAUCCCCAGGUCGUUUGGCCAUUUGAAAUGGCUUCAAAGUUUGCAUCUCAGCGACAAUAUGUUAUUUGGAGACCUCCCAAUGUCUAUGCAAAACUGCACGAUCUUGGAAACUCUAGAUCUUGGAAGCAACAAUUUUUCUGGGGAAUUUCCAUCUUGGAUUGGUGAAAGCCUACCUGCCCUUAGGAUUCUACGCUUGAGGUCAAAUUCAUUUUCAAGUCGAAUUCCUGCUCAUCUUUCCAAUCUAAGCUCUCUUCAGGUCUUGGAUCUUGCGGACAACAAUUUAAUUGGCAGCAUUCCUACCAGCUUAGCAAGUCUUGAAGCAAUGGCUCAUGUGCAAAACCUAAAUCGUUAUCUAUACUACGGGGCAUCAUCAACAGAAUAUUAUGAAGAAAGCUUAAAUCUCCCCAUGAAGGGCCAAGAUCUCACAUUCACCAAGACACUCUCCCUUGUAACUUGCAUUGACCUGUCUAACAAUGAGUUAAAUGGAGAGUUCCCGGAGGUACUGACAAAUCUGUCUGGGUUGAUUUCUUUAAAUUUGUCUGGAAACCAUAUCGGUGGAGAAAUUCCCACAGGAAUUGCAAACUUGCAUCAACUGUUAUCUUUGGAUGUAUCAAAUAAUCAGUUAUCAGGUGUCAUUCCUUCUAGCAUGUCGUCCAUGACAUUUCUGAGCUCUCUCAACUUAUCAAACAACAACUUGUCUGGCUCAAUCCCAUUUUCCGGGCAGCUCAUGGCAUUUGACGAGUCCUCAUUCAAUGGAAACCCAGGUCUAUGUGGACCUCAACUGCUUAUAAAAUGCCAAGAUGAUGAUGAAGAACCAAAGGGACAAGCAGGUAGUGUCGAGGAUGAGAGUAGUAAUGAUCAUGAAGUGAUGAAUAAGUGGUUUUACUUGAGCGCUGGUUUGGGAUUUGCAGCAGGUUUGCUGGUACCUUUUGCUGUUAUGGCACUGAGAAGGUCGUGGAGUGAUGCCUACUUCCAUCUUGUGGAUCAAAUUGUUGAUGGAAUAAUGUUGGACAUCAUGAGAAGCAACAAACGCACAUCCCAGAGAAAACAACGUCGUCACAAGUCGUAAAUUUGUAUCGCUGUCAAUCCUUGGGAGUUGGGAAAAAGGCUUUGCUUUGCAUCCUUUUGCUUAAUUAUAUGUGAACUAGUACUCUGCAUCUUUACCUUUGUUUUUACUUUUUCUUUUUAUAUUUUUGGCUAUAUAUGUCAGAGUAAUGAUGUAGAUGAUGUGAACUAUUAAUGUUUUGUAAAAGAGUUCAUGUAUUAAACAACCUUUA